GAUAAAAGUAUGCCCCGCUGCUAGGUAUUCACUGUUGAGACUUUCUCAACCAACAUUUCUCUCCUCUACCCACCACCAUCUUCAAGGAGUGCUCGCACUCUAUUUCCAUACAUACCAUCUAUUCUUUGUCCCCGUCCUCUACAUACAUUCCACCGCAUCAACCCCUCCACGGCACCCCACCAAAAUGCCGUCCGCGGUCACGGAGUACGAAAGCCAUACACCGAGCGGCAUCACCAAGUUCACAAACUGCCUGCUGGUCAAAGGCAACCAGCUCGUCAAGGAAGACCUCUGGAUCAGCUCUAUCAACGGCAAGAUCCUCAAGAGCCAGGAAGUCUUCUACGAGCAGCGCGCAGUACCAGAUCGCGUCCUCGACCUUGGCGGUCGCAUCGUCUCGCCCGGCCUCAUCGACUCGCAGCUCAACGGCGCCUAUGGCGUCGACUUCUCCGUCAUUCCCGAAGAUGGGGCAGCUAGCUACGGCAAAGGCGUGCUGCGUGUCAACAAGAGCCUGAUCAAGACGGGCGUCACAUCAUACCUGCCAACCCUUACAAGUCAGAAGGCCGAGGUGUAUCACAAGGCCCUUCCCUUCCUUGGACCUUCCGGUGCACCACGCGACCCCUCUGCCGGCUCCGAGUCUCUUGGGGCCCACUGCGAAGGCCCGUUCAUUAGCCCGACGAAGAAUGGCAUCCACGACGUCUCGGUCCUCCGCACUGCUCCCCACGGCAUCCUCGACCUCGAAGAGUGUUACGGUGCUGCAAACCUAGUCUCGCCUUCGCCAAUCAAAUAUAUCACCCUUGCACCUGAGCUUCCAGGAGCGCUUUCAUGCAUCCCAGCCCUCAAAACUCGCGACAUACGCGUGUCGAUUGGUCACAGCGAGGCAACAUACGAAGAGGCGCGCGCUGGAAUGGCUGCUGGCGCCGGAAUGAUAACGCACCUGUUCAACGCCAUGCGGCCCCUCCACCACCGCAACCCAGGUAUCUUCGGGCUAUUGGGCACUGCGUCCACCACUCUGGGCUACGUUAAGCCCUACUUCGGCAUCAUUGCAGAUGGAAUCCACCUGCACCGCACGACCAUCAAGAUCGCGUGGAAUGCGCACCCGGAUGGGUUCAUAUUAGUCACUGACGCCAUGUCGCUCGUGGGUCUGCCGGAUGGUACUUACGACUGGACAAAUGGCUCUCGCAUCAUCAAGAAAGGCCCGCUGCUCACGCUCGAGGGCACCGACGGCAAGAUUGCAGGCUCGUCCAUCUCGUUGAUCGAGUGUGUAACCAACUUUCUAAAUUGGAGUGGCGCAAGCGUACCAGAGGCUCUAAAGGCAGUCACCGAGACGCCAGCACGCAUGCUUGGGCUUCACGGUGUCAAGGGCACCUUAGACCCAGGAGCCGAUGCCGACAUUGUGAUCCUAGAGCUGCAAGGCACCGAGGCAGGUGAGAAGAAGCUCGAGGUAGAGCAAGUCUGGAAGUUCGGGCAGAAAGUUUUUGAAAAGAACGAGAAACUUGGCCUAUGAUCUGCAUUAGACCAUCUCCUAGACUGAACUUUUUUGAGCAUUACUCUUGCAUUUAGAUACCAAGGAAAAAUUUGGAGUUCAGGGUGGUCAUUUUGUUUAUGCACCAAAAGCUCAUGGCUCACUAAGCG